AAUGCGCUUUCCAUUGAUGAGAUUUCUUGGUUGGGAAAUGCAUUGUCGUUUUAUUCUUUUAUAGGGAGGGCUUCAAAUGGAGGUGUCGUGGGCAUGUAUUGGUUCCUACAAAUGGGAAUGUGCAUAACUACAAUUACAGAACCAAACACAACCAAUAACACUCACUGUCCUGUUUCAAUAACAUAGUGACCAAACAAAAGUUCUAGAAUUGGAAUCAGAAAGUAACUUGCAAAAUCAAAACUGGGAAAGGAAAGGAAAGGGAAAAGCCUUUGAGUUUGAGGUGACUCACCGAGUCGUGAACUCGUUGGCAUUUUAAUAAGAUUUUUGUUUAGGUCACGCUGAGGUUUUUCUUUUUGGGUUUUUGUUUUUUUUAAGGUUUUAAAAACCAUUGUUUGACUCAAAAAGCAGACAAGAGUGGGGACUGGAGAUUAGGGAGUGAUGGCGAAUUAGAUCUGAAAGGUGAAGAAAUUCGAGUAGGUUGAAGGCAAAGUUUUCAACUUUGAAUCAAAGGGACGUCAAAUGCUUUAAGGCUUUGGUUUUUCUGGCUUCCGACAUAGUCAGAAAAUGCCGCACCCUUCUUUCCACAAGCUUGUUCUACCCUCCUCCUCCUCUGUCCAAACCAGACAACUGAGGCUUCCAGAUAAUUUUAUGAGGAAAUAUGGGGGUGAGCUUUCUCCAAUUGUUACCCUCUCCGUUCCUGAUGGUAGUAUCUGGCGUGUAGGAUUGAAAAAGGCUGACAACAAAUUUUGGUUUCUUGAUGGUUGGCAAGAAUUUGUUCAACGCUAUUCCAUUGGUGUUGGAUACUUGUUGGUUUUCAGAUUCGAAGGAAAGUCAUCUUUCAAUGUCCAUAUUUUCAAUUUAGCUACUUCUGAGAUAAGCUAUCAAUCAGCCGCACGAAGCAGUACAAAUCGUCUUAAAAUUUUUGAGGAAAUGGAAGAUGAAGAUUCCAUUGAAAUCUUAGAUUCAUCAUCUUCCCACCUUACUCCUGGCUCGUUGCAAAAUAAAGCUUUUGCUGGAUCAGUAGAUAAAAUGACUCCUGGAAAGUGUUAUACACCUCCAGCAUUGCAGAAUCUGUUUAAUGGGUCUAAACUCAAUAACGUAAACUGGGGAGAGGGUGGGAAUGCACAUUCUUCAAAACCUGCCAAUUCAAUAGACAAACAGUUGACCAGAGAUAUAGGAGUUCAAUUUAAUGCAGUUGAGUUUAAAAGAUCUACUGAAGAAUUGAAAUUGCGUGCUUCUAUCGAGGAAAGGAUUAAAAGAACUGCAAGAAAGAAGCGGAAAUCAGAUGGCCAGGAACCCUCUUCUGCUGAACACGAAGAGGAGGUGGAAAUGCGCUUCAGAUUUUAUGAAAGUGCUUCUGCAAGAAAAAGAACUGUGACAGCAGAAGAAAGGGAAAAGGCCAUCAAUGCAGCAAAAGCAUUUGAACCAUCGAACCCUUUCUGUCGGGUUGUCCUGCGGCCCUCCUAUUUAUAUAGGGGAUGCAUAAUGUAUUUGCCAUCCUGCUUUGCAGAAAAGCAUUUGAAUGGAGUUUCGGGAUUCAUUAAACUUCAGAUAUCCGAUGGGAGACAGUGGCCGGUUCGCUGCCUUUAUAGAGGAGGUAGAGCUAAGUUAAGCCAAGGGUGGUUUGAAUUUUCAUUAGAGAACAAUUUAGGAGAAGGUGAUGUUUGUGUGUUUGAGCUGCUUAGAAUGAAAGAGGUAGUGUUGCAAGUUACUAUUUUUCGAGUCACUGAGGAUGUGGGGUUGUUGAGCCCUCCUUUGCAGCAGAACCAGAAUGUGAGUUCAGCUAAACUGUUGAACACUCCCUUGCAGCAUCAACUCACUCCAACUAAAGUGGUUAGAAAUUAGCAGCGGGUUUGUUCAUGAUAGCUCAAUGUAUCAAGUAACCCUUUACUUCUGUGUGGAACUUAGAUGCUUUUUAUGUCCAACAUUUCAGGGUGACUUAAGUGGAACAUAGUUAUUAUAGUUUUUGAUACUUUCUUUUUUCCUUAUCUUCCUUCUUUUUUGACUCGGGUUGUAAAUAGAUUGUUCAAUCUAAGCUGAUUAGGAACCGAGUCAAUGCUUGUCCUAUUGCUGUUUAUCUUAGUUUUAUUUUUAUUUUUCAAAUUUGAAGUUAAGUUUUAUAGCUUCUCCUGCAUGCAUGGCUUGAUUCACUGUUUUUGUUGAUGGCUGGAAAUAAGUUGUCUUUCGCCCCUUUUACUUUUUCUUUUUUCUUUUUGGUUUUUCUUGUGAAGUCCAUCAUGAACCUCUUUUUAAGGGAGAAAAAACCUCUUAGGAUGCUAUUAAUGAAAAUUAGUAAUGCAAAUUAAACAUACUAACGAACUUGUUAAUUGUAUGAUUGAUGUUUUAACAAUUGUAAAUAGCGGGACCGUACUAAACCACAAUAUGUUGGUGGGUGCCUUAAAAUAUGUUCACUGGCAUUUUUCAUGGAACUAACGGAUAUGUUUAUAAGUGAAAAAUCUAAUUAAUGUCA